AUGAGCGCUACCCGAGCAAUCAUCGCGGCGCCACCGAGAGCCGAUGCUGCCGUUCCAGCGAAAGGAAUAACUGCAAAGACUAUGCUCAGAGUACUGAGAACAAGUUCCCGUGUCUUCGUCUCCUUCUGCUUCUCGCCAAUCUCUUUGACGGACCCAAUGGUGAAGCUCUUAAGAACCCCUUUUUGGCCUACCUUCUGGCUAACAGCAAUACUUACAGGUGAAGGUUGUGCUACCGUGGCUUCCAAGAACGGCGUUAGUCUGGCAGAGUUUUACAAGUGGAAUACAAAGGUUGGCUCUGCAUGUAGUGCCCUUUAUACAGAUGCCUAUACCUGUGUAUCUGUUAUUGGACAUAAUGCCGCUACAUCAGUGCAAACCACCAAGCCGUCCAACGGCAUUAAGACUCCGUCGCCCAUUCAGGACGGUACGACAAAGGAUUGCGAGAAGUUCCACUUAGUUAAAUCAACAACGACAUGUGCGUCUAUCGAGGAGUUCUACAAGUUACCCUUUGAAACAUUCAAGUCGUGGAACCCUGCCGUCGGGGGAAAAUGUCAAUCCUUACUAGCCAACUACUGGGUCUGCGUCAAGGCCAAAGGUUGGAAGCCAAGUACCCCGUCGAAACCCAGCAAGCCAGCCAACGGCAUCGAGACACCUGCAAUGAUUCAGCCCGGGAUGACAACUUCUUGCAACAAGUUCCACGAGGUAAAGAAGAGCACAACUUGCGCGUCGAUCCAGGACUACUACAAGGUUACGAUGGAACAGAUUGCCAAGUGGAACCCCGCUGUUGGUUCCAAGUGUACAGCACUUUGGGCUGGUUAUAACGUGUGUGUUGGAGUUAUAGGUCAGAAACCAUCUCCGACUAAGCCUGGUAACGGUGUCAAAACGCCAUCUCCAGUUCAGGACGGAGUCAUUAAGUCUUGUAAGAAGUUUCACAUGGUACAGAAGACUACGACCUGUGCUUCGAUUCAGAACUAUUAUAAGAUUACCAUGGCACAGCUAUAUAAGUGGAAUCCUGCUAUCGGUGCCAAGUGCACCAAUUUGUGGGCUAACUACAACGUUUGCGUCGCCGCAUAG